CCGCCAUCAUGUCCGAAGAGCCGCGCACUGCAUCUUCAACCAAGCCUACUCCUGUUCAGAUCAAGCGUAGUUCGCACUUCAGCAGCGGACAUAGCAACUCGAACGGUCUCAAAUCGAGCGGUCUACCGACAAGCAGCCGCCCGUCUAGCAGCGUCAUACAAAGCAGCUCCAAUUUGGAACAACACACUCCUUCUGCUGCCCAAUCCGCGAUGAAGGAACACUCCAAGGAUGAGCUUCGGGGUGCCACAUGGGAAAUGUCCCCAGUAGAUCUCGCUUAUGCACUCUCAGCCAAGGCGUGGAAACAUGGUGUAUCGUUUGACGAAAACCCCCACGACAUUAUCGAGAACUACGACACUCAUCUUCUGGAGACUUUGGAGCCUCACCUUCUUGCCUCUGCCGAGAAGCUUCGGCAGCUCAUGGCGGAAUCGACGCCCCCCGUAGAUUUCCCGGAUCAUGGACACCCCAACGAAGAGAGUUCUUACCAGUCUAUCAACAAUUUCCUCCAAUGCUGCGUCGCAGCUGCUCUCUUUGCUUCGGAAAUGGAGAAUGGGCCCGGGGACCACUCCUACUACAGCAAACUACGCUUUGCCGAGUGGGCGAAACCGGUCUCCGACGGUGUCGGCAGCGAUGACAGUCUUAAGCCAGACUUGGUUGGGUUUAUUCCCAGAGAGACAGAAGACUCUAGCGGUGCUAUUUCUACGCAUGACAUACCUUCUAAGGUUUCAUGGACUCUAUCUGACGCAGCACGAGAGGAGGCUAAUCACUGCGAGCUGCUCAUCCCAGUCGAAGUCAAGCGGAGUUGGUCAGAGCUCAUCGCGCAAGCCGCAACGUAUGCACGCUGCCUUUCGUUCGCUUCUCCCGUACGCCAAUUCUCACUGGUGCUUGCGUAUCAAUACAAAGCCAAAGAACUGCGCUUCCUCGUUUUCCAUCCAGGUGGUCUCACAGCGUCUGCUGCUCUCGACCCGUCCAAUUCCGAGCACCACAUCGACAUUCUUCGCCUUUUCGUUGCUUUAAUCACCUGGGAGACCCGGGCGGAUGCUGGAUUACCUGAAUGGUGUGACGAGACCUCAUCGUAUCUUCCUCUCAAAGGUAACGAUGACGGCGUCAACCUUCGAAUCGAGGAGGUUCUUCAUCGAUCUUUAGCCCUACGUGGUCGAUCGCCAGAGGUUUGGCGCCUCUCCAACAGGACUCAAGAUUCCGCAGAUCAUCCCUUCAUACCUCCUCCAGUGACGUCACUCACACAAGGGAAGAGACCGACGAGCUCGAAGAGGAAAGCAACUGAAGAAGGGGACAGUCAGAGAAAGCGUAAGAAGAAGGACACGGCGACUCAGUGCGGCAAUGUGACCCAGAACAGUUCUGCUGCGACGAAGAAACCUGGGUACGGAAAGCCGGUCGCAUUGAAAAGGUUCGAGGCUCGGUACGUGCGGCAGGGUGUUGAUACGCAGCCGAAUCAAGUCUUCGAGGACGAUAUAGAUAUUGUCAGCAAAUUCUCUUGGGUAUCCCGGCGCUAUUUCAAUGCGGAAAGGAAUAUGCUGCACGACUGCGGUGACAGCUUUGGCGUUGCGAAGCACUACUACUCCUCUGUAGUACACCACAAGGAGGGGCUACCUGUCACUAAUCACCUCUUCUUGAACUUAGCCACCUUCUGGAGGGUCAUCGAAAAAGACGACGCGUGGAAGAAGAAGGACCCCAUCAAGGAAUACAGAGCGUUGAGACAGCACGUUUCCAGCUUCUGUGGCCGUUCUCUUGUUCACGUAAAGACCCCCGAGGAACUUUUCAAUACUAUCGCCCACGCCAUGAUAGGGUACUGGAACAUGCUUAGAAAAGGCUAUCAGCAUCGUGAUAUCAGCAUCGGCAACAUGCUUCGAUGCGAGACCGCUCAGGCGAAGGCGUCUCUUUCGGAGGUUUUAGCUAUUAUGCUACGAGAUAUCAACAUCUCGGAUAGCCGUAAAGCGUUGUUGAAGAAACUGAAAGACCUCCUGGAACGAUUGAAGAUAGACGAUCAGUGCAAAGGAUUUGUCAUUGACGGCGACUUGGCAAUCAACCUUCGUGAAUAUUUCUUCGAUAUCAAUCUGAGUGAGGCAACUUCGCGAUCGGGAACGGUGGAGUUUAUGUCAGAAGGCCUCAUCACUUCUGUAAAAAUGAAAGAACCAUACCUUCAAUCUCCUGUGGACGAUGUUUUCUCGUUUUUUUAUUCCGCACUUUGGGCAGCGGUUUACAACGGAGACUACAACGAACUGGGACUGCCCAAUGGUCUGGAUGUACUUCGUCAAGAAAUCGCCAGUGAGACGAGAACUCGGGCUGUGGAGACUGUCGUAGAACGCGUGGCCCUCAAAGCGAACAACUAUGGCGACUUUCUUCCCAAAUGUCAAGCGUUUUUGAGAUCGUGGCAAGCUAUAAUCAAACGCAUUGUCGUCGACUGGGCAGCAAUUAUGGAUAAAGAUCCUGAAGCGGGGACUUUGGAGGAGCAUUUCUGUACCUUCUACGAAAGGAGCCUCCUCGAAUAUCUUGAGUUGCUGAUCGAGAUGUAUCCUUCUGGUUCGGAGUAGGCAUAAACGAAUUAUUAUGUACAUGCCUAUCGUGGUACACGACCAUUCGGAUAUUCACAUCAUUGUACUCGCAUGCU